AUGUCCCAGCGCAGGCGGCCGGGGUCGGGCAGGUGGGGCCAGGGGCUGCCCGGAGCGCGGGCCCGAUACCGACGAAUCAGUUCGAUCUCGCCCGGCAGCGCCGACACCUCGAACCGCCCGGUACCGGUGGGAGGGAGGAGGGGCAGGGGGCGGGCGCCGUGUGAGGCAGAGGGGCUGCCGGGAGUUGUAGCCCCUCCCCGCGAGCGGCUCCGGCGGCGCUCGCCGCAGGGGCUGCCGGGAGUUGUAGUCCCGGAGAGAACUACAGCCCCCAGCAUGCCUCCCGCUCCUCAGGCCCGCCGGCUGGGGGUGCUGCGGUGGCGGCGGCGCGCGGAGCGGCAUAUUAUGGAACCAAGCCCGGCAGGAGGAGGUGGGGGUCCAGGCGAACCAGCGCACGCAGUGGCACUGCUGCGGGGUCUGAGUGCCCUGCGCUCUGAGCGGAGCCUGCUUGAUGUGACAGUGGUGGCCGGCGGCUGUGAGUUUGGGGCACAUAGAGCUGUGCUAGCUGCAGCUUCUGGCUACUUCCGUGCCAUGUUCGGCGGGUCACUGCGGGAGUCCCGGGCCGAGCGGGUGCGGCUACAUGGGGUGGACCCUGAGUGCCUGGCACUGCUGCUCGACUUUGCCUACACUGGUCGGGUGGGGCAGCUGGGCCCCGACAUCGCGGAGCGGCUGCUGCGCGCCGCCGACCUACUACAGUUCCCGGCCGUGAAGGAGGCGUGUGGCACUUGGCUGGCCCGGCAGCUGGAGCCGGCCAACGCGCUGGACAUGCAGGACUUCGCAGAGGCCUUUGCUUGCCCAGCCCUCGCGGCUGCCGCUCACCGGUUUGUGCUGCGCCAUGUGGGUGAGCUGAGCACGCAGUUGGAGCGGCUGCCGCUGGCGCGGCUCAUCUCCUACUUGCAGGACGAUGAGCUGUGUGUGCCCAAGGAGGAGGCCGCCUUCCAGCUGGCACUGCGUUGGGUGCGUGCUGACCUAGCUGCCCGUGCCCCGCUGCUGCCGCAGCUCCUGGCCCACGUGCGCUUGCCCUUCGUGCGCCGUUUCUACCUGCUGGCACAUGUGGAGGGCGAGCCCCUGGUGGCGCGUUGUCAGCCCUGUCUGCGCCUCCUGCGGGAGGCCCGCGACUUCCAGGCUGCUCGCUAUGACCGGCACGACCAGGGGCCAUGUGCUCGCAUGCGGCCACGACCCUCUACCGGCCUGGCAGAGAUCCUUGUGCUCAUUGGUGGCUGCGACCGUGAUUGUGAUGAGCUGGUCACCGUUGAUUGUUACAACCCACGAACGGGGCACUGGCGCUACCUGGCUGAGUUUCCCGAGCACUUGGGUGGUGGCUACAGCAUAGCGGCGCUGGGCAAUGACAUCUACGUGACAGGAGGAUCAGAUGGGUCAAGGCUCUAUGACUGUGUCUGGAGAUACAACUCCAGUGUGAAUGAGUGGACAGAAGUUUCUCCAAUGUUGAAAGCAAGAGAAUACCACAGCUCUACAGUCUUGGAUGGACUGUUGUAUAUUAUAGCCUCAGACAGCACAGAACGUUAUGACCACUCCAUAGACGCCUGGGAGGCUUUGCAGCCUAUGUUGUACCCAAUGGACAACUGUUCUACCACAUCUUGUCGUGGUAAACUCUUUGCUAUUGGCUCUCUAGCAGGCAAAGAAUCCAUGGUUAUACAAUGCUAUGACCCUGAAACUGACCUCUGGUCCCUCGUGAACUGUGGACAGCUGCCUCCGUGGUCUUUUGCACCAAAAACUGUGACUCUUAAUGGACUUAUAUACUUUAUAAGAGAUGACUCUGCCGAAGUGGAUGUUUACAAUCCAAUGAAGAAUGAAUGGGACAAAAUCCCUCCUAUGCUUCAGGUUCACGUUGGAGGGAGCUUGGCUGUGCUUGGUGGGAAGCUCUAUGUCUCUGGUGGCUACGAUAACACAUUUGAACUUUCGGAUGUGCUGGAAGCUUAUGAUCCAGAAACUCGAACGUGGAGCAUAGUGGGACGGCUGCCUGAACCUACCUUCUGGCAUGGAAGUGUCAGCAUAUUCCGACAGUUCAUGCCACAAACUACACAAGAUGACGACAGUAUUGCUCUGGAUAAUGCCAUUAACCUAAACAGGCAGCGCCAGAAUCUGCAUAAUCAGAAUCUUAAUGAGUUACGUUAACAGUAGAAAAACUUAUCUCUAUGGUUUGAAGUGAAUUCAUUACAAUUAACCAGUGUCAAUUUGGGGGAGGGCAGGAGGCAAACUGGUGCUUGGAAACUCUGAAAUGGAUUGAUCAGUAAUUGCAAGCAGGAGGAAAUAAAAACCCCGAAAGAUUAAAAUGUUGUUGUAGGAAGCAUAGUUGGCAGAAAGUUACAGGCCCCUUUGGGUGCAUUGUCCCUCAGCACUUUUCUGUGGAUGGAGAAGGUGCAGCAUUAAUCACAGAAAAGCUCUGAUAUGAGAACUCUGGAAAAAAGAUAUUUUUAAAGAAUCACUUGUUACUCAAGCACCACUAUUGCAGGCAGCGUAGUGAAGCUUUUGAUCAGACAGCUGUCAAUAGUACCCUGCAGUCAGCAUCUUUCCACAUCAUAACAUUUCAUAUUUGCCACCAAAUUCCAUUCUUUGUGGAGGGGUUUAUGGAACAUAGCAGAGAGGAAGGACCAAAGUUUGCUAAUACCAGAGGCUCUCUGAAAGGGGAGAGAUUGGUUUGGUAAGAUAUGCCUUCAGAUCUAAUACUCCGCUCGGUGCUCCAGAGGAAGAUAGACCACUUGCCCAGGUCCUUGCCAAUAUGGUCUGAGGGAAAAUUCCACCCACAAAGUUUGGGUUCAUUAUAGAUGUGCAGAUAUGAGGAUAUAAAUAUCUAGCCCUAAAUAUGCCGAGAGCCACAAUAAAGUUUGGUCACUCUUCAUGCUUUCAUGAAGAACCUAUUAAAUUGCUAAAAAGGUCCGUGCAAGGAUAUUAAGGUUGAGAGUCAUGAAGUUUGAAAUUUCCCUCCCCCGCUACCUUAAAUGUGUGAUAAAUUAAUUGUUAAACCCGUACAGUACUGUAAGUUUUUAUACAGAAUUUUCAUUACUCCAAGCAGCUUGUGCUUUUAUUGGUCCUUACUAGAAAAAUGUUUCUUUAGAAACUUUGCAUUUUAAAAAUGAUUCACAUUCACAAACUUAGAUUGAGGGAAAUGUGAAAUACAUUUCAAUUUCUUUUUUUAAGCAAAUAUCCAUCUGAGAAGAAGAGUGGGGAGAGACUUUAGAGGCUGGGGGCUCAUGUCAAAGAUCUCUUGGAGAAGAACCUCCAUCGACAUUCAAAUCUGGAUAACAUUUUUAUUUCUAUCAAAUUGUUUAGUCUGCAGUUGAACUUGGCAGAGAAAUCUCUGC